AUGCGGCUUCUCAUUGGUGGUCUCAGGGCGCCGCCGCCAGCCAAUGAGCGUGGCCGGAGGGGCGGAGCGGUGACGUGCGAGGCGGCCGAGCCCGCUUCGAAUCGGCGGCGGCCAGCUUGGUGCUCCCUGUGGCGGGCGACGGCGGCGCUGCUGCUGCUGCUCGGCUGCUCGGCCCGGGCUGAGGAGGAGGACAAGAAGGAGGACGUGGGCACGGUGGUGGGCAUCGAUCUGGGCACCACCUACUCCUGCGUCGGGGUGUUCAAGAACGGCCGCGUGGAGAUCAUCGCCAACGACCAGGGCAACCGCAUCACCCCCUCGUACGUGGCCUUCACCCCCGAAGGGGAGCGCCUGAUCGGCGACGCGGCCAAGAACCAGCUCACCUCGAACCCCGAGAACACCGUCUUCGAUGCCAAGAGGCUCAUCGGCCGCACCUGGAACGACCCCUCGGUUCAGCAGGACAUCAAGUUCUUGCCUUUCAAGGUUGGUUGAAAGAAAACCAAACCAUAUAUCCAAGUUGAUAUCGGAGGUGGACAAACCAAGACAUUUGCUCCUGAAGUUUCUGCCAUGGUUCUCACGAAAAUGAAGGAAACUGCUGAGGCUUAUUUGGGAAAGAAGGUUACCCAUGCUGUGGUUACUGUGCCAGCCUAUUUCAAUGAUGCCCAGCGUCAGGCAACUAAGGAUGCUGGAACCAUUGCAGGAUUGAAUGUUAUGAGGAUCAUCAAUGAAACCGUGACUGCUAUUGCUUAUGGUCUGGAUAAGAGGGAAGGAGAAAAGAACAUCCUGGUGUUUGACCUUGGUGGAGGAACCUUCGACGUGUCCCUUCUUACCAUUGAUAAUGGUGUCUUUGAAGUUGUGGCCACUAACGGGGAUACUCACUUGGGUGGAGAAGACUUUGACCAGCGUGUGAUGGAGCAUUUCAUCAAGCUCUACAAAAAGAAGACGGGCAAAGAUGUUCGGAAAGACAACCGAGCUGUCCAGAAGCUCCGACGGGAGGUAGAAAAGGCCAAGCGGGCUCUGUCUUCUCAACACCAAGCCAGAAUCGAAAUCGAGUCCUUCUUUGAAGGAGAAGACUUCUCUGAGACCCUAACUCGGGCCAAGUUUGAAGAGCUGAACAUGGAUCUGUUCCGUUCUACCAUGAAACCUGUCCAGAAAGUGCUGGAAGAUUCAGAUUUAAAGAAGUCUGAUAUUGAUGAAAUUGUUCUGGUUGGUGGCUCUACUCGCAUCCCAAAAAUUCAGCAGUUGGUUAAAGAGUUCUUCAAUGGCAAGGAACCAUCCCGUGGCAUAAACCCAGAUGAGGCUGUAGCCUAUGGUGCUGCUGUCCAGGCUGGUGUACUCUCUGGUGAUCAGGAUACAGGUAGGGGACUGGUUUUGCUUGAUGUGUGUCCUCUCACACUUGGUAUUGAAACCGUUGGAGGUGUCAUGACAAAGCUGAUUCCAAGGAACACUGUGGUGCCCACCAAGAAGUCUCAGAUCUUUUCUACAGCUUCUGAUAAGCCAACAGUUACAAUCAAGGUCUAUGAAGGUGAACGACCUCUGACAAAAGACAAUCACCUUCUGGGAAAUUUUGAUCUGACUGGGAUUCCUCCUGCACCCCGGGGGGUACCACAGAUCGAAGUCACCUUUGAGAUCGAUGUAAAUGGCAUUCUUCGAGUGACAGCUGAAGACAAAGGCACAGGCAACAAAAAUAAGAUCACUAUCACUAAUGACCAUCGCCUGACACCUGAAGAAAUCGAAAGGAUGGUUAAUGAUGCUGAGAAGUUCGCUGAGGAAGAAAAACGGCUUAAGGAGCGCAUUGACACAAGAAAUGAAUUGGAAAGUUAUGCCUACUCACUUAAAACCCAGAUUGGAGAUAAGGAAAAGCUGGGAGGAAAACUUUCCUCUGAAGACAAGGAAACCAUGGAAAAAGCUGUAGAGGAAAAGAUUGAAUGGCUGGAGAGUCACCAAGAUGCAGAAAUUGAAGAUUUCAAAGCUAAAAAGAAGGAACUGGAAGAAAUCGUUCAGCCCAUUAUCAGCAAACUCUAUGGAAGUGCAGGCCCUCCUCCGACUGAAGGAACAACAGAAAAGGAUGAGUUGUAGACACUGUUCUGCUAGUGCUGUAAUAUUGUAAAUACUGGACUCAGGAACUUUCGUUAGGAGAAAAUUGAGAGAACUUCAAUCUCGAAUGUAAUUGGAAUCUUCACCUUGGAGUGGAGUUGAAAAUGCUAUAGCCUAAGUGGCUGUUUACUGCUUUUCAUUAGCAGUUGCUCACACGUCUUGGGGUGGGAGGAGAGAAAAAAAUUGGCUAUUUCAAAGGGGGUACUCCCCAAAAAAGGGGAGGCGAUGUUGGGUUGGGCUUGUGUUCACCUUGGAAGCUAAACGUUCUAUUUAACAGCUGGGUCAUGUGCAUCUGGUGUAGGAACUUUUUUUCUACCGCAAAGUGACACCAAUAAAUGUUUGUUAUUUAAA